UCCGGCCUGUGCCUGCAAACGCCCGAGAGAUCGCCGUGUUAUGGUGUAUAUAGUGCGUUGUGUAUAAUAACCGGGCGCAAGCACGAGUGAUUAUAGCUCGGGACAGUGAUUGGAAUCCGAUAGAUCAACGUUGAUAAGAGGCUGCUGCGGGUUGAUUUUUUUCAGUCGCAAGCUCACCUCGUCGCAUUGAUUCUUGAGAAUUUUCGUAAAACAAUUUGAAAGUUAUAGAAGAAAUUUGAUCGUAGCGAAGCAGGUGUACAAUAGCUCGCAGAAAACAAAAAGGAGAACGAAGCUUGGAUAAAUUUAAUCGAGGGCUAGCCAAGUGCGACGUAUUUUAUACACUGGCUCUCGCUCUCUUUCGCUUCUCUCUCCUCUCUCUCUCUCUCUCUCUCGCUCUUUGAGCCGUGCGUGUGUGCAUAUACUUUUGUGUCGAUUUACAUUUGGGUUAGCGACCGAUCGUGGCGUCGCAGCAUCAGCCGCAUCAGCAAGCACUUGCGCCUCGGCCGACCGCUCAGCGACGAAUCAAAAUUACGUAAGGCAUGCGCUAAAAGCUGCCGACCGAUGUCCGAAUCGAAUUAUUUUUUUGUUUCGCCAUAAAAGUGUCCACUGCAGUGCGUGGAGUCGAGCGUAAUGACUCGAGUGACAAGCGCGUUUUGACGGAAAAGAAAAGUGGUGCGUGUGUGACUGUGCGGGUGGUGGCGGUGGUGGUGCGCGCAACGCAGCGCACGAUGAUCCAUAGUGACACCUGCGAUCGCUGCUACUGAUACCCCCCUUUGGAACUUCGAGUUUUGGAGUGUGUGUAUAGCCAUUACGAGAGAGUGAGGAAAGGAGCGGCAAGAUGCAUCAUUUUUAUCCGACGUCCACGGGAGAUCCAUUGUGCCCGUUGGGAUUUCAUCCGCAAACGAGAUGGCCGGUCAGAUGCAAAAGAUGUUUCAGGGAUUACAAGGACCAUAAGGAUCACGGUGGUAAAAAAAGUACAGUAGAUACGACAUCAUCGACCCCAAGUCUUUCAGUAUGGGAAUCAGCAACAAAUCGCACGAGCAACGGCACAGACAGCAACGGCACGGACAGCAACGGCACCAGCCGCACCCGACGAAGCUGGGCCUCGACGUCGAACCUCGCGAAGGACGAGCCGUCGUCGGGCGGCUUUCCGCGCAGCGACAGCUCGAGCGCCGACUGGGUCUCGGCCAAGGACCUGACGAGCAUGAACCUGAGCGAGCUGCGCUCCGCGUCGAGCAAGGAGGCCUCGCCGGCGCCGCGCGCGACCAGCAAAACCAGCAGCAGCGACGUCACCGUGACCGUGAAGCCGCCGCCGAGGCCCAAAACUUACAGCGGCUCGACGUCCGACACCUACUCGUAUCGGAGGUUUUCCGUGGACGAGAGGCUCGCCAGCGAGAACGACCCACUCAGCAGUAUUGGCGAGCGAGCACCCAUGAAUAGGCACAAAUCCUUGGACGAGCCACCUCAGCACAAGUUGCAAAUCAAAAAGGUCAUUGAUAAGUCCAACGGGACCUCUUCCACCAAUGACGCUGAAUUCGUGAUUCAGGUAAGGAAAUCGCGAAUCAUCGAUCGAAACGGAGCAAAAUGCGACUCUACCGAGACGAUGGGGGGAAUGAUGACCGAAAAAAAAGAAAUGGAGAAGCUGAGGACGCAACUGAGCGACUUGAGGGCUAAGUGCGAAAGAUUGGAAAAGGAGAAAGCCGAGAUUCUGCUGCGUCGGCUUACGUCAAUAGACUCGGCCUCUUUGAAGCCGGGCGCCGACGUUUUGAAAUUGCAGAAAACCGUAAAAGAUCUGCAAGCGAAAAAUGAUGCUAUGACAGAGGAACGCUCGAGUUUGACUUCCAAGAUCAAGAGCUUAGAGCGCGAGCUGAACUUGAAAACGCACAAAAGCGAACGCGAAAGGAUGAAUGAGGAGUUGCGAGGAAAACUGAAGGCCGCCGAGACCCUCUGCGAGACUCUCAUGGACGAGAACGAGGACAUGAAGAAGGAGAUUCGCGAGCUCGAGGAGGAGAUUUACGAAAUGCAGGACAAUUUUAGAGAGGAACAGGCCGACGAGUACACAACGAUUAGAAAAAAUUUAGAGCAGGCCAACAAAAACUGUCGGAUAUUGUCUUUCAAACUGAGAAAAGUCGAGCGCAAAGCGGAACAGCUCGAGGCAGAUAAGGCCGAUGUCGAGCAAAAAUAUGAGCAGAUGAAAAAAAUCGAGGACAUUUUGAAAAAAGUUGGUACGGAGUACAAAAACCGCACACAAAAAAGGCCCACGGAAUUCGCACAAAAGCAACAGCUGAAAAAGCUAGUCGACGGCAUGGAAAAAGACAUCGGCGAUGUAAUAAACGUGAUGGUAAACAUGCUCGACGGUCGGGAAUUCGGCCUGCCGAUAUCGAAUUAUAAGUAUGACAAAUUGGCCAAGGAGCACGAGACGCUCAAAGAAAAGUACGACAAGACGCUGAGCGAGCUGAACCAGGAAAAAGAGACGAACAAAUUGAAAUCGACUACUGCUGCCGAUAAAACCAAGAGUGAAGAUUUAAUAAGCCUUAAAAAAAAAUUAGAGGAAAGCCAAUCGAGCCGCGAGCAGGAUCGCAAGUCCUGGGACGCGGAGAAGGCCAAGCUCCAGGAGGAAAAAGAGAAGCUCAAGUCGAAAUUGCUCUCGCUUUCGGCCGAUAAACUCAAGGUCUACAACGAAGUUGUCCAGUUGAAAAAGGAUCUUGAGGCAGCGAGUUCAUCGAAGAAAGAGUCAGCUAAGAUCGAAGGCGCACUGUCAGAUAUCAAAAAAGAAUUGGCGCAAGAGAAGGAACGCAGCAAAAAACUUCAAAGCGAUCUAACGUCGCUGGGUGAAAAGGAGACAAAACUUGCCCGGUCGUUGACCACGACGGAGACAGCCAAAAUUCAACUUGAGAAUGAUUUGAAACAAACGAAACUGGAAUUGGAGAAUUCGAAAAAUUCAUCAUUCGACAAAAUUAGCGAAAUUCAAAAUGAAUUGGACGUUGUGAAAAAAGACAAGGAUAAGUUGAAAAAACAAAUGGAUAAAGAGAAGAUCAGCAAAGACGCUGAAAUAGCUUCUUUGAAGAAAAAGAAUUUGUUGUUAGAGAAAGCUGGCUUGAAUUCGAAGAAAUUAGAAGACUUGAAGCAAUCGUACGAUGACAAAAUAGCGAAUUUAGAAAAUGAGCUGAAACGAUCGAAUUCGAAACUUGAUGAUUUGAAGAAAAAAUACGAUCAACUCAACGAGACUAAAGCUCAGCUGGAAGAGGAAAAUCGGCUUUUGAACGGGCAAUUGAUUGAUCACAAGCAAGAUUAUCUAACUUUACAAGCCGAAAUGCAAGAAAUGCGCCAAUACUAUAAAACCAAAGAGGUCGAGUGGUCAGCACAAAAAAAACGGCUAGAGGAACAAUUACACGGGUACGAAAAGAAAGACAAGAGUCUGACACAAAAUGAUUUGCGAGACGAAAAUCUUCGGUUAAAGAUGGAAAGCAGUUCGUUGACGCAACAGGUCGAGGAUUUAAAGAAAGCCAACGACGAUUUGAGCAGCAAAUUGCAAGAUUACACACACGUGGCGAAGAUUCAGAGGAAUUUCAGUGCCGAUACGUCAGCUCUCGAAUUCGAGUUGCGCAAAGUCAAGCUUGCCCUGACGAACGCCGAAAAAACCCGCAAAUCUGAGCUGGCCCAGUGCAAACUGCGUUACGAACAAAGGGUCUCGGCGAUCAGUGACGAGAUCAAGCCGAUCCAAGCUCAGCUGUCGCGAUACAAGCGCGAGCGUGACACCUACAAACAGAUGCUGGAGGGAGCGCAGAAGACCAUCGGUGAACUGAAGAGAUCGUCGAGAUCGAGAAGGCCGUCGACUACGUCGACUGGAAAGUCCGAUGAAGAGGAAGAGGUGUCGACUGCUCAUCGCUCGGUACUGGAGAAACAAAUAGUUUCUUUAGAGGAUGAGUUGUCCGAGGCCAAGCUUGAAUCCAACAAGUUGAGAACUGAAAUAAUUUCGGAAAAGUCGGCUUGGGAAAUCAAACUGUCUGAGAUGCAGUCACGCAUUAAUGAGCUUGAAGAGGAACGUCUACUGGCUAGUGGUCGAACAAAAAUACCUGGCUUAAAAGUGCGCAUGGAAUUGGCGUGGCAGAAGGAACGCGAAGAUCAGCAGAGACUACUGCAAGAGACGGCCACUCUAGCCCGUGAUCUUCGUCAAACGCUGUUCGAGGUCGAACGAGAAAAAGAUAAAGAGCGAUUGGAAAAUAAGAGGAAAUUGGAGCAAUUGAAGAAAAUAUUCGACGAGGAAAAGGACGAAAACAAAAAGAAGCUCGUCGAGCUUCAAUGCGAUUUGCUCGAGCUGCGGGACGCGCACGCCAAGCUACGCACGAGCAACGAGAAGAUGCGUCGCGAGAAGGAGCGUCACGAGCGCGAGCGCGAGGAGCUGCGGGCACAGCUGGCCAGCAAGCGCCGAAUCGAGCAGACCGAGGCGCGAAAUCUCAAUAUACUGCUGCAACAAGUCGACGACUUGAUGCGUCUAUUCCCGUCGGAGACGAGCAACGGCACCAAUGGACACGCGAGCGAUGGACAGAUGCAGCCGGAACAGUACACCCCUACACCACCGAGACGUACCAAGGGACCUAGGUCUAGAGAAUCUUCACCGUUGUCAGAUUCCAGAAACGGCAGCAAAACUUCGUUGAUCAUGCCAUCGGGUAAAACAGAAAAAUUAGAAUAUACGAUAAAGAAACUAAUGGAAGUUGCUAAAGACUUGCAAGAAUCGAAGAAAGCCGUAGACGAAAACGCUAGUAAAACCAAAAAGAUGAGCAAACGAUCAUCUUCAAUCGAUAACGACAAUGACAAAAAUGGUGUUCCUGCUCGAGCAAGGCCGAGGCUAAAGAGGAAGAGUUUGUCACUGGAGCAAACUAUUGGAAGAAAUGACCAGUCUAUAUGGGGUGGCAAUAGUAAUAUAUCAAGUAUGCAAUCGCUCACUGGCUCAGACAUUGAUUCCCGGCAUUUUAGUUUACAACGAGAUUCAAGCAUUGAGAGCCAUUUGUCAACGGAAUCUACGCAAAGUGAGAUUCUUCGUCACGAGAAAAAACACAGCAAAAAUAUCAUUCGUAAAAUAACGACAAAGUUGACAAAAUCGGCUAGUGUCGACGAUCCAAAUACGUCAUAUGAUUCGUCUCUUCAGACAUCAGGCUCGGAAGCCAGCAUCUCUGAAGCAACAACGAGAAAAGACAAGAAAAAUCUCAAGAAAGCAUUGUCGAACAUGUUUAGACGAUCGGGCUCAAAGAGCAAUGGACUUGACAGAGACUCAAGGAGUAACAGUAGACCUGUAUCGAGAACCUCUUUAGCAUCAGGAAGACGUUAAUUGUAUUAGUUAUAAGAAGGAUAGUAUAUCUGUAAGUGCUAAGAAUGCCAUUUUAACCAGUUGAGCAUUUUUAUGUACAUAAAAGUAUACAAUCUAAGUUAAUAGAGCUGUAAAUGUAAAUCAUAGUAAAAUAAUUAUUUUUAACU